AGUGGCGUGCUCGGCGGGUUGCGUUGAGACGGCUGCGGGCGGCCGGCGCGUCGGGCGAGCCAGGGCUGCAUCAGCGAGGCAGCGACAGUCUGUGUCGGGCGGGCGACGCGCUCGGACGGCGCAUCUCGCGCCGCCACCACCAUGGCGCGUCUACACGCGCUGCUCUUCCUCGCAGCGCUCGCGCAUCUCUCUCUACUGGCAUUGUCUCAGAGACAAAGUGUUUGUGAAUUAUCAUACUGCGAGUGCUCCCCGGCGCUGCACCCGACCUGGACCGUCGUCAACUGCACCGUGCCAAGUGAUAAGCAACUGGACAUCCUGGAGGGCGACCUGCCCAACUCGACGACGGAGCUGUUGAUCUCGGGCGCCGAGGCGGUUCGCUUCGACGCUCACAGCCUGAGCGCUCUGAGCGAGCUUCGCCACGUGGCCGUGAGCGGGGCGCGAGUCCUGCUGCUGCGCCGAGGCGCCGCCGUCGCACUCAACGUCGUGCAUCUCGUGCUCGACGUGCACCAGUGCGACACCAUACGCAUCGAGGACAAGGCCUUCUCCAACUUGAAAGGACCGCUGUCGGUGACCAUCAGCGAGUGCCAAUUCGUGUCUCUGGACUCGGAGCCGUUCUCGUGGCUGCUGAAGAUCACGGUGGAGGGAGUGCAGCAGCUGCGGCUGAGCCCCGGCACCUUCACGCUGGACGCCGGCGCCGCCAACAUCGGCCAACACGGACCCGGCAUGGUGAUCGAGUUGAAGAACUCAACGGUCCCGCAGUUCCCAAGCCAGACUUUUGGUUCGUCGGCGGCGCUGAUCCUGCUUCACAGCGUGUCGGUGGAGCACAUCUACGCGGACGCCUUCAUAGCUAACACCUACAACGUGGUGAUGGCCAUCAACUGCUCCUUCAGCCAUGUGCACGCGCAAGCCUUCGCACAGAAAUCACUCAUCAACAGCCUGUACUUUGACGGCUGCAAAGUACGUCUCCUCUCGUCCAACGCACUGCAGUCUGCCGUUUCGAAGCUCAAUAUUUCACAUUCCACAUUUGAAAACAUUGAGACGGGUGCGGUGAACGUGACGGUGGCUACAGUCAUCAUAACGGAUAGUGAAUUCAACGUCUUUAGUGAACGGGCUUUUGAACUUGCCUAUUGCAAUUCGUUUUUGAUGGAGAGGAAUUCAUUUGAUGAACUUGGUCCCGACGCUAUUAUUGCGCCUGGAGCUACUAUACAUGAACUAGUAUUUGUUGACAAUGAAAUCGAAACGCUACACGAUAAUAGUUUAGGAUUUAUUGGGCAAGCUCAGCUUUCGCUUGCUGAUGGUAUCAAAUACAAGAAAAACUACUACGGUCAAGCUUGUUACUGCGAUAUUGCGCCGUGGUUAGCCAAAGUAAUGGGAGCUGAAUCCGGUGACUCAUUCGUGGACCAAAGUUUCUGCACUAUCAACGAAUUCUUCGCAAGGUGUUUCAAUGUUCCCGAGCAAAAUAUGCUAGUCAAACAAUUUGUUGAUGGAGUUUGCAACGAUGGCGACAGUAUCAAAUGUUUACCAUUUCAAGACAGAGGAGCAGUAACACCAGAAAUAAAGAAUCCCCGAUUUCCACAUGCCCGAAAAGAAAAAGAAGCCUUAAGCGACAGGAACAAAAAAGUUAUCGGAAUAGUUGUUGUUACUGUCUUGGGCUGUCUCAUAAUCGUUUUAUUGAUAUCAUUAAUAAAAUGGAUGAAGCGUAAAGGCUACUGUAGAACAUUGAAAAACUUCUUGGAGAGACAUUCAUCAUGUUUUGCAUGUCUAUGCUGUCAUUCGAAUCGGAGCGGAAUUGAUAAUGCAGGUUCAAUAUCCCAAAUUGCAGUACAUGAAUAUUCUGAACGCCAACGAUUAAAUGACCCACGAGUUGAAGUCGUCCAAGAAACCGCAUUGCCCAGAUACACUCAGGAUAUGGUACCAACUGAUGACAAGCAAACCCAAACGUUACCUGAGGAAUUGACAAAGGAACUGCUUGAAAGUUUGAAGGACAAACUAGAUGACCCUGAGAACUACGUGGAAGCCCGGGAAAUGAUCGAACACUUAUACGAGCUUAUCAAAGUAGAAGAGAGUUGUAACUCCCCAAGACCAACAUUGUCUGUCGUAGAGAAUGUCUACGAGCUGCCGUUCCAGAACACGGCUCCAAGACUUGGAAAAAAUAAAAAGCAAAUGAAAAGCAUAGGCACACGGACUCCCUCAUUGGAUAAACUGACUCCGAUCUCGCCGUACAACCGGCAGACUGCUCUGGCACACGAAUACUUCGAGCCCAAAGACUUCGCCAUACACUUAUAUGCUGAGAUUGCAAACAACGACCGACGUCCUGUCUUGAAUAUAAUGCCUGAUGUAGUCGGUGAACAGGCCUUGUUGCCCCGUGGCCCAUACUUGGAUGCGUUACGUGAGAAGAAUAGUUCUAGCUCCAGUUCAAGCUCUAGUCCAACUGAAGUCUCGCAGGCUGACAGUCUCCUGCCCUUCUCGCCAGGUCUUAAGCCACGGAGCGCCGUCCGAUCAAACGAGUCGAGCCCCUCUCAUUCCAACUCGAAUUCGUCGGGAAAAAUGAUAAAUCGGCCGCUUCCCGAGAAGCCGACUACGACGUUCGACACGGGGCAAGGACCGUCGGCGCCCGAGGAAUGAGCCGGAGUUCCUGAGCACUCGGACUCGCUGGUGCGGGUGGAGACUCCGCCGGCAGGUCUCGGCGGCGGGUGCCUGCGGCCGGGGUCCGCUGGGACCACCUCCACGCUCGACCACACGCUGCGCAGCGCCGCCGCCGCACCUAUUGCCGCCGUCGCUGUCACUGUGCUCCGAUUUAGUUUCUUUGCUGUGAUAUUAAUCGUUUACUUUGUCUUGUUUUGAAUACAAGUGUGUAUGUUUAAGUCAUUCAAGGCGAUAUUGUUUUAAGAAAAAUACUCUAAUUUUCUAAUAUUAUAAUCUUAUUUUAUGUAAGUUACAAUAGAGCUUUUACGUUUCAAGGUAAAUCAUCAUUUUCCCGGCUGCAUCACAAUGCACGUCAUCUUUAUCACCUAAGUGACUAUAUCUCGAAUCGUGAUUAACACGCCGUAUUGAUAACGAUGUAUUAAACGAGACUUUCUACUUCGAUAAUGAUGCCAUGCAUUAUGUUCUAAAGGUUUCGCUUAUACUUUUGUGCUUUUCAACUUUUGCAGAUGCCAUAAUUUAAUUGUGUCUAUGGAGUAAUUAAUGUAUAUGAACUACUCACAAUGUGUUUAGGUUCAGUAGUACAAUGUUUUUUCAUAUUAUCUUGUUGGUAGGUAGCCCUGUCCCUAAAGCGCAACAGCGAUAUUCCUCUAGUUUUAAGGAUUGGACAAAUAGCUCCUCCAUUACAUAACCAGUUGCGAUAGAAGUAGAAAUACGUAGAUUUUGUCUUUAUCCGUUAUUAAAGUUAAUUCUGAAGUAGUUGCCAUCACAAAUGAAAUGAUCGUAGAUGUUCCCAUAUGAUGUAGUUGUAAGAAAGUUAGAGCUUUAUUCAGACAAAUAUAAUGUAUAUUUAGGUACUCAAUUACGCAUUAAUUAUCUCUUUUAGGAAAUGAAUGUUUUGUGAGCAAUGAAAAACGAAAAAAAAAUAUUUUAAUCAGAUGUAGGUAUAUUUUAAUAAAAGGUUCCAAAGAUUCAAAAGAUCAAAUACAGUAUUUUCAUAGGAAAUGUUUGUAGCGAACUAUAUCGUUUGUACAAUGUUAAUUAAAAUUAUAUAUCUUGAUGUAUUUAAAUGUUGUUGAAAAUAUAUGUAAAUUUGUAGUGUCUAACAAUAAGCACGCGCGACUAAGCACAUAAAUGUGUAUAUGGGUGUUCCGUCUUAUUCCAACGUAAUUUUAACUCUGAAAAUAAAUGUUAAAUGUGA